UUCGUUUCAUUUGCAAAUUAAUUUCAAUCGACUUUUUUCUUUCGCCAACGUUUUUUAUAUUUACUUAGCGCUCGAAGUGGUGCACCCACCGGUUUGUUGGACACGCGUUUAUUUUAACGGUAAUAUUUCGGGAUCGCGUUGCUUCUGGUGAGACAAGGAUCGGAUGCGCUGGUUGUACAUUUUCAAUGUCUUUUCACCAGCGCAAUCGCAAAGCUCCGUGCGCUCGAUAGAAAAGUGCAUGCUUAAUUACGUAAACGAGGUGUGAUAGUAUUCUACUGCUCUCUUUACUUUUGUUUUGCUGUGGAAAAGUUGGACGUGAAAAGUUGAAUUAAAUAUUCUCGAUAGCCAUUGAGUUCCAGUACCAGACGCAUUUACCUUGGCUCGAUCGCAAUGUCAGUCAACUGCGACCACGAAGUUGGUCUUGAAAAAUAGUGGGGGCUAAUAAAUCAAACGAUUAAUCAUUUAUUGUUACAUUUGAUAAGGAAAAAAAGGCAUACGUUAAGAAAAUUCGGGUGGACCGGAAAAACCGGUACAAAUAAUUGUUGUGAAAAGCAUCAGCAGAAGAAGAAACACUCGUUCUUGACAAUCACCGAGAGUGUGUGCUCCGCCUCAUAGACAAAUAAUGAGCACGACGAUCCAAUCGCAGACAAGAAAGUGAAAAAAAAAAAAAAAAAAAAAAAAAAAGGAAGAAACAACACUGAACUAUGAGUGCAGUCGAUUAAUCGCCGCAAAUAAGAGUGCCGCAUUGUUGCUGCAAGUGUAUACAGAAAUAAAAGCAGCGCGCGAUGGAUAGUACCAAGAAGUACGAGAAUCCGAGUCCCAGGCUCGAUGCCGGUCGUUUCAACAAAUUGUUUUUUUGUUGGCUUGUGCCGUUUUUUCGUUACGGCCGCAAAAAUGAAGUCGAGCCCAAGAACAUCCACAACGUUCUGCCACGUGACCGCAGCGAGACCCUCGGCAAUCAAUUGGAAAGGAAUUGGUCGAAAGAAGUAAUCAGCGCCGAAAAGGGCAAACGCAAGCCCCGCUUCCAGCGAGCCGUUCUCAAGACCUACGGACUCGAGUACAUGAAACUUGGACUGUACACGCUCUUCCUAGCUCUAGUCGUGAAGACUUUGCAACCCGUGGCUUUGGGCUUGCUCAUCGGGCACUUCUCGCCCAACGCCACGUCCACGACCAACGAGGCCGUUGCUUACGCCACCGGCGUUGUUCUCCUGACUUUUUUGGAAUCCGUCAUCUUUUGUCACGUCACUUACCAGUGCCGCGAGCUCGGCAUGCAGUUGCGCGUCUCGGCGUCGUCGCUCAUUUACAGAAAAGCGAUGCGGCUGUCGUGCGGGUCAGCGAUGAUAGCCAAAAAUGGACUGAUGAUAAAUCUUUUGUCCAACGAUGUGGUGAGGUUUGAAAACUUUUUCAUAUUUUGCCACUAUCUGUGGGUAACGCCGUUGCAAAUGCUCGUCAUCGGCUACCUCAUCUGGAGGAGCGUCGGCGUAGCUGCAUUUCCUGGAGUCCUUUUCAUGGUUCUGCAGACCAUACCGUUUCAGGUGUACUUUGGCAAAGUGAUACACGGUCUGCGGGGAAAAGUCGCGGUGAGGACCGACAAACGAGUACUGCUGAUGAACGAGAUAAUCAACGGCAUUCGCGUCAUCAAAAUGUACACUUGGGAGCCAGUCUUUCAGCAGCUCGUCUAUUUCGCCAGAAGGAACGAGCUGAAGGUCAUUGCGAUAGCCAAUUACUUGAAAGGCGUGACUUGGGCGUCGCUUGCCUACGCCCAGCGAGCAGCCCUGUUUGUCACGAUUCUCGUGUACACCUUACAAGACAACGUCGUCACAGCCGAGAAGGUCUUCAUGGUAUCCCAGUUUUACAUCGGGCUGCAGGUAUCGAUGGCGGUCUUGUUCCCACGUGGCUUGCACUUUUACGCCGAGGCCAAAGUCUCGCUGAAUCGCGUCCAAAACUUUUUGCUGCUGCGAGAAAUCGGCGCGAGUAAAAAAUCCCCGAUGAAGAACGAGCCCAACACCAGCGUUUCCGUGGAGAAGGUGAACGCGUCUUGGCUGGACAACGCGAUCGUCAAUACCCUGUACGACAUAAACGUCGUCAUCCCGAACAAGAGCCUGUACGCGGUGGUCGGUUCCGUCGGCGCUGGCAAGAGCUCUUUUCUAAAAUUGAUCCUAGGCGAGCUGCGGCCCAGCCAAGGCCAGGUCACCGUCGGCACUCGUCUGUCGUACGCCAGCCAAGAGCCUUGGCUGUUCGCCGGCUCCGUGCGCAACAACAUACUAUUCGGCGAGCCGUACGCCGAGGACAAGUACAACCGCGUGGCUCGGGCCUGCUGUUUGCUCGAGGAUUUCGAGCAGCUGCCACACGGGGACAGGACCCUGGUGGGUGACAAGGGAUCCUCCUUGAGCGGCGGCCAGUGCGCCAGGGUCAGUUUGGCACGAGCUGUCUACAGAGAUGCGGAUGUUUACCUGUUGGACGAUCCGCUGUCGGCUGUCGAUACGCGAGUCGGCAAGCGUCUCUUCCAGGAUUGCAUCAAUGGUUACCUCAAGGACAAGACGCGCGUCCUGGUGACGCACCAAGUGCAGUUCCUGAAGGAAGCCGAUGCCAUUGUCUUUCUCGAGAAGGGCAAAGUGGAAUUCCAAGGGAGUUUCGAAGACUUUAAGAGCCACGGUGAAUGCUUCCAACAUUUGGAAAAAGACGAGUCACCGGAAAAAACGCUGGUGGAAGAUGUGGCGCGGAAAGAAGAUGACGAGGGUCCUCUGGAAAUGGCAAUUCCCAGCGAAGAGGAUAACCAAGAGGAGCCGAGAGAAGUCCAAGAGCUUGUGGCCAAGGGAAACGUUUCCACGUCCCUCUACUGGAAAUAUUUCAAGGCAAACGGCUCUCACUGCUUGCUACUCGUGUUUCUGAUCUCUUAUGUGAUUGCUCAAGUGAUUUGCAGCGGCAGUGAUUACUGGAUCGCUUAUUGGAUUCGAAAGGAAGAGACUCGCAUGAGUAGCUACGCGAUGAAAGAAAAUGACAACAGCAAUGGGACAUCGUGGGUGACGGAGCCAGACCCCGGUAUAGACAAGGACUUUGCACUUUACGUGUACGGUAUUUUGGUUUUUGGAAGUGUAGUAAUGGCAACUGGCAAGAAUAUAUUAUUCCUCAAGAUUUGCAAGAAUGCGAGUUUCAACAUACAUAACUUGAUGAUCAACUGCGUAUUGAAAGCUCCCAUGAGAUUUUUCGAUGCCAACUCAUCCGGCAGAAUUCUCAAUCGCUUCUCCAAGGACCUCGGCGCUGUGGAUGAAAUUUUGUCGAUGGCCAUGCUCGAGUCUCUCCAGAUACUCUCCACCACGAUAGGCAUCGCCGUUCAAAUACUCAUCAUCAACUGGUGGUUGAUUUUUCCAAUGAUCGUGGUGAUGAUGGCUCUGUUGUACAUAAGAAACGUCUACCUAGCAACUGCCCAAAAAAUCAAGAGAUUGGAAGGAAAUGCGAAAAGUCCCGUUUUGUCACACGCAAAUUCAUCUCUGUCGGGUCUAUUGACCAUUCGAUCGUGUCGAGCCGAAGCAAUGGUCUGCAAGGAGUUCGACAGCUUUCAAGAUGGCCACACGUCCACGUAUGCCCUGGUACUGUCCACCAUGACGGCCUUUGGAUUUUGGAUCGACUUGGUGUCGGUGACGUUUGUCACCAUCGUCACGUUCAGCUUCAUCUUUUACGACAACCAAAGCAUCUCCGGAUCUCGGGUCGGCUUGGCCAUAACUCAAGUUCUGGCUGUGACAGGCUUGCUGCAGCACGGCAUGAAAAUGGCCGCGGAAAUGGUAACGCAGAUGAUAGGUGUCGAGAGGCUGUUCCAGUUUACCAAGCUCGAGCAAGAGGGACCGUUUGAAAGCGAGCCCGGAAAGGAGCCUUCCAAGGAGUGGCCAGACAAGGGAGAAGUCGUGUUUGAUCAUCUGUACCUCAGAUACGCCGACACCGUUGAACCUGUUUUGAAGAAUCUCCACUUCAGCGUGGAGCCGGGGAUGAAGGUGGGAGUAGUUGGCCGUACAGGUGCGGGUAAGUCGUCGUUGAUUUCGGCUCUUUUCCAUCUCGCCAAAGUGGAAGGUAAACUGUACAUCGAUGAGGUCGACACCAACAGGAUUGGGUUGCGCGAGUUACGCAGCAAACUGUCCAUCAUACCCCAAGAGCCAAUGUUAUUUUCGGCCUCGCUCAGAGAUAAUCUCGAUCCUUUCCACGAGUUCGAUGACGCCGAGUUGUGGUUGGCACUGGAAAAUGUCGAGCUCAACAAGGCUUUCUCUUCCCUUGACCAAUUGGUCGAGCAAGGCGGCAGUAACUUGAGCGCGGGCCAAAGGCAACUGUUGUGUUUGGCUCGAGCUGCGGUCAAGAAGAGGAAAAUCCUCGUGCUCGAUGAAGCCACUGCCAAUGUCGAUCCUGCCACAGAUGCUUUGAUACAAAAGACUAUUAGGAUUAACUUCAAAAAUUGUACCGUACUGACGAUAGCCCACCGAUUGAAUACCAUAAUGGACAGUGAUAAGGUUUUGGUGAUGAAUUACGGCGAAGCCGUGGAAUUCGAUCAUCCACAUCUUUUGCUUCAAAAAAAUAAUGGAUACUUUGUUAAAAUGGUACAACAAACUGGCAACACCAUGGCCUCGCAUCUUAAAAAUGUUGCUGAAAAAGCCUUCAAAAAACAAAAUAUUGAUUCUGGUUCCGGAAACUAUUCGCAAUAGAAGAUAUAGUGUUAUUCAGCUAUUGUUUGAUCGACAGCACUUGUGAUGAUGUAAAUAA